CAUUCAUCGACAUCACUGCCAGGGUUUGAGGGAGGGGAGAAAAGUUAGCCGAACUUAGAAAGUUGGUGUAAGGGCUCAGGGGUGCCUGGCAGUGACUGCUGCCUUACAACACGAUGGAUGCAUUAAAGUCUGCAGGAAGGGCGAUCAUCAGGAGCCCUAGCCUAGCCAAGCAGUCCUGGGGAUCGGGCAAACACAAGAAACUACCAGAAAAUUGGACCGAUACCAGAGAAACCUUGUUAGAAGGAAUGCUAUUUCAUCUCAAAUAUCUGGGCAUGACUCUAGUUGAACAACCUAAAGGAGAAGAAUUAUGUGCAGCUGCAGUAAAAAGGAUAGUUGCAACAGCUAAAGCCAGUGGGAAGAAACUACAGAAAGUUAUACUUAAAGUGUCUCCUCGAGGAAUUAUUUUGUAUGACAGUGGAACAAACAGUUUAAUAGAAAAUGUUUCCAUUUACAGGAUAUCUUACUGUGCUGCUGACAAAAUUCAUGAUAAGGUCUUUGCUUACAUCGCUCAGAGCCAGCAGAAUGAAACAUUGGAAUGCCACGCGUUUCUAUGUACGAAGCGGAAAAUGGCGCAAGCGGUUACAUUAACUGUGGCUCAAGCCUUUAAAGUUGCUUUUGAAUUUUGGCAAGUAUCACGAGACAGUAAAGAAAAGAGGGAGAAAGCUGGCUCAGAUGGUGAGGGUGCUAGUAGUUCUCAAUCAGAUGGUUCAUCAAGUAUUACCAGUCUUAAAGCAGCUACAGGUAACUUGCUUGAGAUGGAAGACCAAACCAAAGCGUUAGAAAUGUUAAACGCCAGCGACAAUCACUUUGACGAGCUAUUCAGACAAAAUGCUGGCACAGAGAACAACAACAUAGUAUGGGAAUUGGAUGAUGGACUGGAUGAAGCAUUUUCAAGACUUGCAGAGUCCAGAACCAACCCACAAGUUCUUGACAUCGGAUUAACUGCAAAUGACCUUCAGGGUGAAGAAUGCUUAUCUCCUUCCACCUGGGACAAAGUGGAGUUAAGUCCUACAGAUGGAGAUGAACUGUUCAUGUUCUGACCUUUCAACUCUACCAAUAAAUGCAAUACUCCAGCAGAGGAUUUUGUUUAACCUGCAGAAUCACAAAAUGCACUUAUAACGGGACCGUAAAACCAAAGCCUUGGCACACAAAUAUAUAUAUAUUUUUUUCUAUUUCUUUGUUGAAAGAAUGACCAAUGCAAACACAUAUUGUAGUGAAUACAGCUUGUUAAUUUUUGUUCUAAAAUGCUUUUAAAGCAAGUGUUAAUAAUCUGCUUAAAGGGCCCUUUACAUUUUAGAGCACAAUCAAUAAUCUACAUCCUUUUAGCAGGAGUAUCUGUUACAAGUCGGGUUUUUAUAACACAUCCUCAGACAAGUCCCACAAAACCGCUUUGAUUCCAUAACCUUUAAUAGACAUCUUAAAAGUCUUAUUCUGAUGCACUUGUCUUCCCAGAAGAAAAAUAUGUUGUAUUCAGUGUACAAAGAAUAAAUUCCAACUAGGCAUUUGGCCCUAAAAUGACAUGUGCAUUAAUUUGCAACACUUUAUUUACUUGAAAACUAAACACCGUGUGUGCCAAAAUUGCAAGUUUAGAAUAAUUCAUCUACUCUGCUAUAGUCACAGCUUGACUACUUUAGCCACAAUUUUGUAACUGGUUUUGAAAUGGCCAGUCUUGCAAAACAAACCGUUUUUUCUAAAUUUCCAGUUUUUCUCAAACCUUUGUUUACAUUGUUUCAUCAGGUCUGUUAUAUUUGUCACUCCUCUUCUCCCCUCCUCCCCCACUCCCCCCCGUUUUGAAAAUCUCACAUGGUAAUUCAAACGUUCUGUAACCCGCACAAUUUAUGUAAAUUAUACACUAAUGGAAUACACGGCUAAAUUUGAUAAUGCUAUACAAACGAUUGGUUAGAUAAACAAUAUUUUGAACACCAACAGACCAGAUCUUGGUUGGAGGGUUUUUUUGUUUUUUUUUAUCCAGUGGUUUUCCAGUAAGUACAUAUAAAACAUGGAAUGAUUGUGCUCUGUGGUCUGUAUACUGCUGUGUCAUUGUAGUUAGAAUUUCAUAUUUGAUAUAUGACCACAUAACGUUUAUAUAAACUUGUUUUUAAAUGUUUCUUUUUAAGCAUAUUCACUCAUUGGUCACUUAGGCUAUCCAAAUGUCAGUAAAAGGUAAUUUAUUAAUUUUUUUUUAUGUAGCACUUGAUCACUUGACAUACUGUGACACAGAACUAUACUGAUCGUAUAGUACAGAGACUCUGGUUUAUGUAAUCUCUCUAAAUUUGUUUUACUAUCCCUCCCCUUUCUCUCACUUUCCUCAAGACAAACAAAACAUUUUGUGGCUUUCAAACACCUUAAGUAACACUAAAAUGUGUAGGUGAACUUUUUUUUUUU